AUGGUGAAGUCGAAAGUGGGCGGCGUGUCUCACGGUCGUUGUGGAACAGGAGUCUUUGGAUCAAAGGGAAACAUCCCAUCCGUUUGCUCGUAUUCUUCCGUGGUCUCCUGGCUUGCAGAAGUCUCUCUGUUGCCGUCGAAAGGGCGUUCGAAGCUGCCGAGGAUUUCAAGACACUUAUAUAUGUCAACCGCAACAGUCGGGGCGUUCUUGGGGGCAUUGAUUUUUCUUGCAAAUGUUGCCGGGGCAAUUCAGCCUCCUUCCCCCACUGUAGGAGUGGAGACAAGAUCUAUGGUAUGGAGCACUAUUGCUGAUGACAACUGGCUUAAUGAAGGCUUUCCUGAGGCCCAGCCGGGCAUCGGCAGCGGGGCAGCUCUUUCCGCUCCUCCGGUGAAGGACAUUCGGCCCUUGCGUGCUGACGGUGUCUUUCGCAUUUCAGAAGAACCAAAUGGCGCUCUACACACAGGAAAUCAAAUCAAAACUGAAGGAGUUGACACCCCGUUUCCAGCAGCUCCUCCAGCCGGUAACCAGGCUCGGGAGCCCGUCAUAAGGCUCUCUCGCAGCACAGCUGCAUUGCUGCUACUUUUCAUGGUAGGCCUGCCAGUAUUAAAUUUCCUAGGGCCCUCAAUUUUUCUGAAAAAAAGUCCCGACGUUCGUCCCGAACGCUUUGACGAGCAGCUAAGACAAGGCGAAGGAGAGCGAAAGAUACCGCAGCAACGAGAAGAGGAAGAUGCAGAGCCGCCAAGGCAGCAACCGCAACGUGCUUUGGACCUUGAUACUUGUAAAGUUGGGCUUCAACAGCUGGAUGACAUGCAGAAGCUUCAGCCGCUGACUGCCCACCUGGCGAAGAUGGUGGGAACUGGAGAGGCGUUGAGUGCAAUGCACGACUUCGGACAAAAGGUCAAGAGGGGGAACCACAUUCGUCAGACUCUCUUGGCAGGUUCUAUUGAGCCUGGGGUGGCGCCUGGCACUCUAGUCUCUGGUGCCGUGAGUGACGGGCUUCUUGCGCUGUCUCGGCUAUACGAAGUGGCUCGGGAGCACGGGUUGUCUCUGGCGCAAAAGGUGCGAAGUAUAAACCCCCCCCCUGUAUUGUCAGAAGAAGAGCUGAACGCCACGAGAGUCUGCCUUCCUGCAGACCUCUCGGGCUUGCUGGAGUUUUAUCUCCGUGACGCCCACGAAUCUUUCCUAGCCCAUAUGCGGAUCGUCGAGACAGUGGAGAAAAGGCUUGAGGGUCUGCGGGGAAUCGAGGGGGCGAACGACUGGCACGUGGUGGCCACAGUUGCCGCAGGUCUGGAGUUCAUCAAGGAAUCGCGUAAUGUUGCGGAAAGGGAAGCGAAGAUUUUUGAACAUGUGAAACAAAGCGCAGAUGCAUUGAUGCAGAUGCACCAUUUGCGGCGACAGGAGGAGAUACACCGCAAACUUGCAGACGAAGCGGAGAAACUCCGAGUCCUGAACAGUAUAGAUCGGUGGAGGAAGAAAAAGGAUUCUGCAGGUGAACAUCACCUACCGGUGCACGCGAAGGUGGACAGCCAAAUAGGGGAGGUGGAGCAGUUGCUGGAGAGACACCAAGAAGAGCUCAAUAAAAUGGAGAAGGCGGAGGACCAUUCCUCUGCGCAGAGUGCGAAGCAAGCGGCGGAAGACUUGGUAAGGCGUCUGAAGGCCUUGCUAUCGGAUGUGGCGAACUUGACACUUUCAAUGCCUCCCAUAGGAGAAGACGACGCAGGUGACCACGAAAGCAAGGUACUCAUGGAAGCGCUGUCGUUGAGGGCCAAACUGGCGGCUGAGAAGGCUCUCGAGAGAGUGAAGGGCAUCCAAAAGGAGUUGGAGUCGCAGUCGUUGCUGCGCAGCGGUGAUGCUUCUCUGGAACUGGACAUGCGCCAGAGCAUGGAUUGGGCACGAAGCGCAUCAGCAGCCGUACGAAUAGAAGCAGAAAUGCACGAAAUGCCGGAGCAUUGGUUUCUCAGCUUGUCUUUCCAGCGAACAAAGAAAUUCCAGAGUCUCUUAGAACAAAUGCGCAUUGCCAAGAAAGAUGCACGGCUCCGAGUGAAGUUGAAGGACCUUGCGGUGGCGGCGGGAGCAAUGAGGCAGGCUUCACUGGGACUUGUUUCAAUUGUUCAGGGGCAAGAUGGAACAAACCUGAUCCCUAGAACUUACGAAUGA